AUGGACGAUGGGGAUCACACAAAACCAGCACUUCCAGUUGUUCCAGAUAAGUGCGGUCCUCCCACAAUAAGUCUGAACUACUUGCUCGAUUUUGCUAUUCAGCAGAUCUAUCAUGAAAUCACUGUGCUUUCUGAGCUUCUACCGAAGAAGUUGGAUGGAGACAGAAAAAUCAGUCUGGUUCAGUUUGCACAUUCUACUCGCAUGUUAUUUGUUAAAUUGUUGGCCGUGGUUAAAUGGGUGAAAUCAUCGAAGAAAUUCGAGUCAUGUGCGGCGAUAUGUUAUCUCCUUGAUCAACAAUCACAAUAUUUCAUCGAAACUGCGGAUCGUUUGGUAACGAUCUCCCGUGAAGAACUUGUUGUGGCUCGGCUUCCUGCUUUUCAAGUCACUGCUGCCGUAGACGUGCUUACACAGGGCACUUAUCUUCAUCUUCCCACAAUUAUUCAAGAGCGUUUUACUUUGAAACCAAAAAUAUCACCCGUUGAUGAAGCAAACGUUUUGUUGCGACUUAACCAGGUUCUUCAAUAUCGCAUAUCGAAAAUUGCCUCCACGCUGUCUCCACGUAUAAAAGGGAUUGUGAUUAAGAAUGGAAUGCUUAUCCUUACUGUUCCUGGAGAAUUUGAAGUGAAUUUAACGGUGUUGGGUGAACGCGAGCAGACCCCAUGGACACUAUUGAAUAUCAAGAUGUUAGUGGAAGACUAUGAAAUCGGCUAUGGAGCUCAGUUAGUCCAUCCAUUGCAACUGCAUAUGUUGCACAACGUACUGCAAUCCCGAAUGGAUGUAACGAAAAAUCCCAUAAAUGAGGUAUACAAUUUCUUACAUUUGUUCGCGCAAUCGUUGCAACUUGACGUUCUUUUUUGCCAAGCUUCACAGCUAGCUGCUGGGCGCUUAAGGAACAAGAUCGUAAUAGAAAGGUAUGACCCAAAAGAGCGUGUUCUGUCCAUCGGAUAUUGGGUUCAGCGGAUCACUAAGAAAGGGAUAGGAAAUCACAUCCGUCUCGUUCCCCAAUAUCGGGUCACAAUCUACGGUGAUGAAGGAGAUGAUACUACAUUAAAAGUACGGCAUCAUCCUAUUGCACCUGAUCUCGGUCAGCUGGACGACAGAACAGGACGGUUGUCGAUCGAUCGUCUUUUGUCGGAAACCUUAGUGGUUCGGUGUCGUGAACGAUUACUACGUAUAAGAAAACGUUUAAAAGCUGCUAAACCGCUAUCAAUAGUCCUUUAUGCCGGUGCUGCUGCACCAUGUCUCUGGUUGCCACUUCUCAGGGAUAGCGUUGACACACGAGAAGAAUGUGUGGUUAUUUCGGUGAAUAUGUUCAGCGGACGAGUUUUAUGCAGUUUGGACGCCAUAGAGUUCCUUCCUGGUUCUGCUGCGGAGCUAAAAGAACUCGAGUCAUCCCUUUAUGACGGACAGUCCAUAGAUUUAUUAAGAAAACGAAUUGACCGUUUGAAAAUAUUGUUAAUGAUUGAACGAUAUCGACGCUCUGUUGCAACACUUCAAGUACGAAUCAUUAACGAAAAUCAGAUGGCUCCGUUCUUCAAAAAGGUGCAUUCUCUCCCAACUGAUCGUAUUUGUUUACAAUUCAUCAAAGAAGAGCAUUUUUAUCUGGUUGUUACUUUCAUUUCCAAUGAAAAUCUCACCGUCAAAAUGAGCUUGUAUCUUUUGUGUACACUCGAUGACAAAGUGCAAAUGAUGGAGCUGAAUAAGGAGAAAAAACUUAUUUCCGCUCCCAUUGAUGGUGUUGUGGACAUCGAAGCAAAGGUAUUCGGUCGAUCUGAGAAUGAUGAUGUUUGGACACAAAAUAUUAAGCAUAAUCGGUUGGAACCAUCGAUGGUGAGACAAUUAACUACCGCCGUAGCUGCUGUAGAUGAUCGGAUAUCGUUCAUGCGAGUUUGUGAAGAGCUGGAUAAGAAACGAAUUGGUUAUCGUAGUGUCGAGGAGGAACCACAUGUCGGCGGCCUCAUUUUGCACAUAACUGAUGUGUCAGCAGUGGUGGAUGUGCGCUGUGCAGCAUUUCUUCGGAAUAUGGCUCGUUGUUGUCUACGUCUAGAUAGCAGAGCGAGAGUGAUUUGGCCUCUAGAGUGUUGUAUGGUGAACAUACCACUAGUUCGUGAUCUCAGUCCCUAUAAAAAAGGGCGCAAGACAGGAGUAUGGGUGCACGAGCAGACGGGUAUAUCUGUUGGCGGUCCUGUAGAUACAAUUGCUACUUCAAUCAUCGAGCGAUUAACCCGUUAUUCCCACAUCUAUGACACCGUUAAUAGAUUUGCCAAGGCGUAUGAUGCGCAUUAUAACAAGCUAUGUAGUGUCCAAGCUUACACCUUCCAUAAGUUGGUAAUCGCUUACGGUCGUGAGCGCGAUCAGCAACUGAUUGUGUCAUUCCGCCCUCGCAAUACAAGCAACGAUCGGUUUAAUUUGAAUUUCGGCCAGACCCUCCCCAUCUCUAUUUAUGAUUCCAUUGAGGUGAAUUUGCACGAAACGACUCGGUGGAAUGCUCACUGCAUGAUGGCUACGAUAUUGAAAGAGAAGUUCAAUGCGAAGUCCGAUCUGACGGAACUCGUUCACUACUUGGUGACGACCAGCGAGCCACUGCAAUCGUUGUCGUUCUUCAGUCGAAUACGUUUUCAGUCGUGUAAAGUGCUAGCUCAAUUAUUCAAUGUUGACAUACCAUAUCCACUUAUACUAAAGUUUCACCUGAUGCCGAUAAAUGAGGUGACAUUGCGUUUAACCUACGGGCACAUCCAUUUGGAGUUCAUCAUGCUGUCCGGAGAUAGUGUAGCUAUUAGAGAUAGCUCUCGCGACAAGCCUCGAUGUGCAGGAUUGCAUCAAUUUUUUCAUCUUUUGUCAAAUGGAACUUCAAAAUCUUGCAAAGAAAAUGAGUCACGUGUACCUCGGACGAGCUCUCCUGCGCAGCCAGCUUCCCUUCCGCCUAACAUGAUGGAUGCGUCUCCAGCCGGAAUCUCAUUGUCUGCCUCACUCUCAGUACCACCAACAUCAGAUGCGUCUGUAGUAUCUCCUGCAACGUUUGGUAUUGGAGCAGAGCUUGAGACCUCAUCGGCUCCCGUUGUCAUCGACCAUGACACGCUGCGUCGAGCAUUUUUGUUUACCAAAUCUCCUGGUUCUAACCUUCUUCAUGCUCCUCUGGAUGAUUACUUGAACUCGUUGUGCUUCAUCCGAAAAUUGACAUUGGCCUUUGAAGCCCAUAUGCGACAUCAAACCGGUGGACGAAUACCAUUCAAUGACAUGAGAUCUGGACUAGAUUACGUGCGAGUCACGGUACCGGUAGUUGUUCCUCCACCUGCGCAACGUAAUGACACAUCUGCUCCACAAACUCCUCAGCAGAUUGGCGGGCUUGUUUCGUUCAACUUCCAUCUGGAACCUCAUACCUUAUGUCUAAAAUUAAACGUGGAAUACGGCAAAAGUUCUCCUCCUCCGAAUGAUGUGGCGAUCCUGGAGCGAUACUUUGAGCAGGUGGUCAGCCGUUUAAACAACGAACUGGCUGUGUUCUCGUUCAUUAAUCUGUGUCGAAUUGUUGUAAACGGUGCCAUUUCUGAUAUUGCUCAGAUUAUGAACGCUCAAAUGGAUCCAUCACCCACGACGUACUGGAAUGCGUCGAUUCAACUGGUUUGCCAGAAAAAGGAUCAAACAAACACAAGUGUUCGACGAUAUCAGACUGGAACUGUUUUUGACGCUAAUAAUGUCAUCGUUUUGUUACUGAUUUAUUUCCGCCCAAGUCGGACCACAUCACCAAGGAGCACGGAGAAACAUUUGCUUCGACUCAUUUACAAUAUGCAAACGAAUGCUGUCAAGCAAUACGGUACGGAAGACGAGGCGAUGUCGUCAGUACUAAUGGCAUGUUCACAGGAAGCCGCGAGAACAGGCGAAUGCCCACUAUGGCCGGCGAUUCGGCAAUGUCUUGAUAAAGUGUCAUCAGCAAAUGUUGCUGGAAUGCCGGCGUCAGUUGGCUAUAUGCCAGGAUCAGUUGGAGGCCCGGUAUCUGUGGGCCCAGUGGGAUCUGUGGGGAUUGGACAUAAUCCGGGUUCUAUAGCUAAUCCUGGCUCUAAUACUUAG